AUGCCAAAGAAUGAUGACGGCCCUCCAGGUCCCCAAUCUCCAUACAUCUAUGGCCUUUAUCGACACCUCACUACAAAUCUCAGUAAGCUUUCAGUGAACCCUGCAUGCAUGAAGAUGCUUGUGUUUAACAUGCAACCAGGAUGGGAUGUGAAGGUAGUCGUGCCAAGCUCCCAGAAAUCGUGGAUUGGCGAGUCUAAACAGUCCUGUCCGAGCUCUCGUGCUGACGCACCGCUUGCAGGGAACGCGUUUCACAUUCAGGAAAUCACGAGAGGAAGAUAUUACUACCCGAAGGAACCCGACGGAAUGGGAGAGGUAUCGUCAGCUUCGCGUCCUUUAAGUGAGGGUGAAGUUGCCGAGUGGGUACUGCUGGAUGGUACCCCCGCGACCUGUACCAACAUUGCGCUUCAUAACCUUUAUCCCGGAACAAUCGACCUUGUGAUCUCGGGACCAAACCUCGGCAGAAAUUCCUCUGCUGCUUUAGCCAUGUCUUCUGGAACCAUCGGUGCCGCAAUGUCGUCAGCGCUAUCUCAGAUCCGUUCCGUCGCGAUUUCAUACGGCACUGUUCUCCAUACCACCCCAAACGAACUUUUUGGACCCGCAAAUAUCCUUUCGGGGCAGAUCAUCCAAUACCUAUGGAACAAUUGGGGUAAAGACGUUGGUGGAAUACGCAACGGAGAAAUCGACAUGUAUAACGUGAAUGUUCCCAUGAUAAUGGAACUGCUUAACCCCGAGGGCAUAGAUGUCCAUUGGACGCACAUGUGGCGUAACUCAUACGGGCGCCUUUUUAAAGCAAUAUCGGAUCCUGGAGCUACGAGCACGACGAGGGACGUCCCCAACAAGGGCCAGGACGUGGCGAGACAGUAUCCUGCACAACAACGUGAACCCGGAGGCGAUGUAGAAGGCGAUGUAUCGAGAGAUGAACCUGCAACGCUAGUGUUUAAAUUCUCCCCUGACUUCCAACCCCUUAUCACACCUUCGCUCGGUUCCCUCCCAGUUGGCUCGGAUGGUUGGGCCAUCGCUAAAGGCCACGCGAGCAUUACCCCACUACGGGCAUGUUUUGCACAUGUAGAUCAUGACCCUGCGGCAAUAGGGCCAGAAUCUCUCAGGAUCUUGAAACUUUAGAGUACCUGCAGCCCUUCGAUAUCACUCAUAUAAUCAAUGCAAGCGA